AUGAGGAGGUUCAACUUCUCCAGGGAGAGAUUUUCCUCCUACUGGCUUCUGUCCUCAAGAAUCACAGAGUCUGGGUUGUGCUCUCCCACUCCUCUCACCAGGUUCACGAGACCAAUCUCAUCUGCUACUCGUCUUCAUUCGACAUGGAAAGGCCCCCGAUUAAAGCGAAAGAACGAUGAAGCCAGGCGUACUUCGAUCUAUGAAUUCACCACCAGCAGUAAUCAACCAGGUUCCACGCCCGCUCAUGAAGCAGUGGAACAAGUACAACAUGAAGCGAUCGCAAUCGAUCUUCCGACAUGGGAUUCUCCUCAGGAAGAAGCUGAAUACGCAGAAAACUUCUAUCGCGUCAUUGGGAAUGGACAACCCAACCAAGUGAUGGCGAGUCUGACGGACCCACGGUCGGCGGGACUGGUUGGGUCAUUACCCCAGAUCGUAUUUAUUGAGUUGCUCCACCGGCUGUCACCCGCCCAUUUCGUCGACCCCUUCCGAUAUCUCCACCACCCCCUACAUGCCUGGUCAUCAAUGUUAAAAGGCAUCAAACGCGCCGAGGAAAUAUUUGACGAGUUUGUUGGAAAUUUGUUCAAGAUUACGCGCAAUCGAACUUCUCAGGGCCUUGCGCUGGGCUUACCGGAAUAUACACAUUUCCUGGACUGUGCACGGGCGAUGGGUAACGGCCCACUUGCGGAUGAUCUAUGGGAAUCCAUGAUACGUGAUAGGGCUAAUCCAGAUGGAGUCUGCUUCAACCACUACAUGGAGGCGAAAGUGUGGGAUCACUGCUAUACCGGGGAGGAGGCUUAUCAUUUGCGGAUGUUGCCCAGGUCUUACAAAAAGCGACGGAUGACGGAACGCAACGUUGGCUGGCGGGGUUACGGCACAGCAAAAGUCGGUGUUCGGAGGGUCGUGUUGGAUCUUUUCCGAGAGAUGAUUGGUCGUGGGCAUAUAGCUGAUGAGCGCACCUAUAUUAACGUCAUGCUUGCAUCUGCCCGGACAGGUCACGGUCCCGGCGUGCGACAUGUCUUGCAGACAGUGUGGAACGUUGAUGUUGAUGCGCUCAAGAAGACAGAAGAUCAUUCUCAGCUACCACCCGUCACUCCCUACGAGCCAUGGUCCGCACUAUAUCCGACCGAGAACCUCCUCUUCGCGGUCGCGCACGGCCUGGGCACAAACAACGACAUACCCGGUGCAAUCCAGACGAUCCAGUUCAUCUCCUCCUCGUACAAAAUACCCAUCCCUGCGAAGGUGUGGUAUGAGCUAUUUGAACGGGCGUAUGUUCUGAGCAGAGUCCGGAGCCCUGAGAGCAGGUACGAAGAAUCCAACGAGAUUGGAAAAAUUUCGACAGGCCUGGUGCAAUCCAUAUUCAAGACUAUGACUUCCGAACCCUACAAUAUCACUCCAAGUAUGCAAAUUUGGCGAUUCAUGAUCAAUUUGAGCAUUGACAAUGGCAAUUUGAGGGAAUGCAAGUCGUAUCUGCGGAGCGCAUACGAUCUUCUCUCUAAAACAAGAGCGAAGGAACAAGAGGCACGCACAAUCAUCAUGAGGCUUCUCAAGCCAAUACUGAGAGAUACAAAUGCACGGAUUCGCAAGGGAGCGAUCACGGCACCGUACGACUCGUUUUUCCAGUCUCCUCUGCUCUCUGAAGCGAUCCAUACAUAUAACAUCAUCCGACUGGAAGCUUACCAGCAAGUCUACAUCCUACAACGCAUUCUCUGGGUCACAGUCCGAGUUCCCAACUGGAAGGACACAGACGACCAAUCUUGGUUCUUCGUGGAACGGCCAAAGAUGAUCGAAGAGUGGAGUGAUUUUCUUCCGGGGCGAAUGCGCAUCUUCUACAAUAAUGAAUGCGGCACGGUCGACUUCCAGGGUGAAAAGAGGUUUAAAGACCAACACUGGCACAACAAAAAGCCACUUCGACGAGACACGAGCAAAAAAGAACUCUUUUCCUCUUCUGAAACCCAAUUUUGGAAUGAAAAUUCAAGAUGGAAUGAUCUGUUGGUUCGGUAUCCGUGGCUGGAGAAAACUAUGGAGCCGUUGAGCACUUUAUUCGGCUUUCAACCGCCUCGUUCUGAGGAGUUUGAAGAAGCCCUCAAAAAACUCCGUGAAUCAUGGGUCGAUUACCCUGAAGAUCAUGCGAUGUCAGCGAAGAAUAAUCCUAGCGGUGGCUUCCAUGGGCGCCUGACUGCACUGGGAAUGUUGAAGCCGAGGCAGGAAAGCGUAUACUUGCUGGACGAGUCUUCCUGGAUUUAG